AUGAAGUAUAUACUAGUAUCAGGCGGUGUUAUUUCAGGUAUCGGGAAAGGCAUAUUUGCCUCUUCCUUGGGUGUGUUAUUGAAAACCAUCGGUUUAAGGGUGACGGCAAUAAAGAUAGACCCGUACAUGAAUAUCGACGCGGGAACGAUGAGUCCCAUUGAACACGGUGAAGUGUUUGUGUUGGAUGAUGGUGGUGAGGUUGACCUUGAUCUAGGAAACUAUGAACGUUUCCUGGAUGUGACACUCACCAGAGACAAUAACAUCACCACUGGAAAAAUUUACCAACAGGUUAUUCAAAAAGAGCGAAGAGGAGACUACCUCGGCAAGACCGUUCAAGUUGUCCCGCAUAUUACCGAUGCAAUCCAAGAAUGGAUUGAACGCGUUUCCAUGGUGCCUGUUGAUAAUAGCGGUGAAAAUCCUGACGUCUGCAUUAUCGAGUUGGGCGGAACCGUAGGCGAUAUAGAAUCUGCUCCAUUUGUCGAGGCCAUGCGUCAAUUUCAAUUCCGGGUAGGACACGAAAAUUUCGCCUUGGCACAUGUGUCGUUAGUACCGGUUACUGGUCCGGUUGGCGAACAAAAGACCAAACCGACCCAGACCACCAUCAAAGAGUUGAGGGCCUUAGGAUUAUCUCCUGACUUGAUUGCAUGUCGUUGUUGUAAAACAUUAGAACCCGAUGUCAGAAAUAAGAUAUCAAUGUUCUGUCAUGUCGGAAGGGAUCAGGUUAUUUCCGUUCGUGAUGUUCCUUCCACCUAUAAUGUCCCAUUGUUGUUGAAGGAGCAAGGGGUCUUGGACUUUCUCAGAAAAAGGCUCGACCUAGAUUGCAUGCAUAUUUCAACAGACCAGAUAAUAAGAGGGGAGAGUAUAUUAGCAGAAUGGACGAAAUUAGCUGAAGAAUAUGAUCGACUUAGUGAACCUGUCACAAUAGUGUUGGUGGGAAAAUACACUAAUCUUCAAGAUUCAUAUCUUUCUGUCAAAAAAGCGUUGGAGCACUCCAGCCUAAAAUGCGGAAGGAAAUUAAUUCUCAAGGCAAUUGCGAUAAUUUCUUUCAUCAACUCAUUGCUCUGGGUAGACGCAUCUCAUCUGGAGAGUGAACAUGAAAAAAUAAACCCCAGUGAAUAUAGGGAAGCUAUGCAAACCCUUUCUUCGGCCAACGGAAUUUUGGUUCCUGGUGGCUUCGGAAACCGAGGAAUAGAAGGCAAAAUUGCAGCUGCGAGAUGGGCACGGGAAAAGAAAAUUCCCUAUUUAGGAAUUUGUCUCGGACUACAAAUCGCCGCAAUAGAAUUCGCACGUAACGUUUGUGGGAUGGAAGUCGCAAACUCGGAAGAAUUCCAAGAAGAUGGCGUUCACGUUAUAGUGAACAUGCCUGAAGUAUCUACAACUCAUCUUGGAGGUACAAUGAGAUUAGGUGUACGUCCGACUAUUUUCCAAGAAGGCACAGAAGAUUGGUCAACAACUCGUAAACUUUAUGAGGUCAUGAAUUCGGUCACUGCUGGAACCCAGCAUGUUUUAGAACGUCAUCGACAUCGAUACGAGGUGAACCCUAAAUUCGUGUCAACUUUUGAGAAAAAUGGAUUAUGCUUCGUCGGUCGUGACGAGACCGGACAGAGAAUGGAAAUAAUGGAACUUCAAGGUCAUCCAUUCUUUGUCGGCACUCAAUACCACCCGGAAUAUCUUAGCCGUCCUCUUAAACCUUCGGCACCAUUCCUUGGAUUUGUGGUAGCGUCUGCUGGAUUAUCACUAGAUUCCGUGUUAAAGAGCUAA